AUGGUUACAGUAAGAUGUCUUGUAAAUCUUGCUGUUCAUAAAGGCUGGCCUUUGUACCAGCUUGAUGUUAACAAUGCUUUUCUUUAUGGUGAUUUAGAAGAGGAAGUUUACAUGACUAUUCCUCUUGGUUGUGGUUAUAAGGAUAAUAACAAAGUUUGUAAGUUAAAAAAGUCUUUGCAUGGUCUUAAGCAAGCCCCAAGGCAAUGGAAUGCUAAGCUUACCAAUGCCUUGGCUGAGCAUGGCUUUGUUCAAUGCAUGUAUGAUUAUUCUUUGUAUAUUAAGCAGUCUAAAGAUGUGUUCAUUGUUUUAUUGGUUUAUGUGGAUGACAUUGUUAUUACUGGAAAUAACAAGGAUGAAAUUGAUAAGUUUAAACAGUUUUUAAGUAGUAAAUUCAUGAUUAAAGACUUGGGAAUUCUUAAGUAUUUCCUAGGUAUUGAAAUCAUGGAAAAUAAAAAGGGUGUAUGCAUGUUUCAAAGAAAGUACUGUUUAGAAUUACUUCAUGAAUAUGGUCUUCUUGCUUCAAAACCUAUUGAUACUCCUUUGGAAACUAAUACUGUUUUGAAUUGUGUUGAAACUGAAAAGGAUAGAUUUCUAAACAAUCCCACUGCUUAUCAAAAAUUAGUUGGUAAAUUGAUUUACUUGACUAAUACUAGACAUGACAUAUCCUAUGCUGUACAUUGUCUUAGUCAACACAUGCAUGCUCCCUUACAAUCUCACUUCAAAAUUGCUUUGAGGGUUCUUAGGUAUCUCAAAAACUCUCCAGGUUUGGGUAUUCAAAUUAAUAAAGAAAGUGACUUAAAAGUUAGUGUAUAUGCUGAUUCUGAUUGGGCCAAAUGUCCAACUACCAGGAAAUCUGUUUCUGGGUAUUGUGUUUUCCUGGGUAAUUCUUUAGUAUCCUGGAAAAGUAAAAAACAAGCAACAUUGUCCAGGUCUUCUACUGAAGCAGAGUAUAGAUGUAUGGCAUCUGCUACUUGUGAGGUUAUUUGGAUUACAAAUAUUCUGUCUAGUCUUGGUGUUGAUGGGUUAUUACCUGUUAAUAUGUUUUGUGAUAAUAGUUCUGCAAUACAAAUUGCAGGAAAUCCAGUUUUUCAUGAAAGAUCAAAACAUUUUGAAAUUGAUCUUCAUGUUGUUAGAGAAAAGGUGUCAUAUGGUUUACUUAAAACUAUCAAGGGAUUGUUCUUGCCAAGUCUCAAAGUUAUUAAGGGUCUAAAUGGUAACUUUGAAGAUUGA